AAACAAAAAAAAUGGGAAUCUCAGGAACAUUGGAGUACAUAUCAGACUUGAUGAGCCAUAGCCAUAAACACAAAAACAAGAAGAGGAAGCAAUUACAAACCGUCAAUUUAAAAGUUCGCAUGGACUGUGAUGGUUGCGAGCGAAAGGUCAAGAAAGCCCUCUCUUCUCUUUCUGGAGUGAAGAAGGUUGAAAUAGAUAGAAAACAACAAAAGGUGACAGUGAAUGGGUAUGUGGAAGCAAACAAGGUGUUAAAGAAGGCACAAUCAACAGGCAAAAAGUCAGAGAUAUGGCCGUACGUGCCCUACAAUCUUGUGGCACAUCCUUAUGUUGCUCAAGUUUAUGACAAGAAGGCUCCUCCUGGUUUUGUUCGAAAGGUGGAAAGUGUCACUACAUAUGAAGACCCUUAUGUUACCUUAUUUAGCGACGAUAAUCCUAACGCUUGUUCUAUUAUGUAGCUUAAUUAGUAGUUACCAAAACCACGUCGUUUUUUUUUUUUUUUUCCGAAGCAUGUAAGAUUUGAUUCCAAAUAGGUAGUACGUACGUCUAGUUGGUGCGGCUGUUGGAUUUGUGUAAUGUAUAGUUGUAUACGCGCAUGUCUACCUGUUCUAUUGUUAGCUAGCUAGCUAGC